AUGGACGUGCAUGGAAUACACCGGCUGGCACUAUUACUUGCAGUUAUAGCAGGAAUUUCAUUUGUGUCAGGAAAGAAACAGAAUACUGAAAGCAAAGGAGAAUCAAAUUCAGGUAUACAACUGAAAGAUAUUGUAUUCAUAGCUUUGAGUCAAAAAAAUCCAUACCAUGAAAAAAGAGCUGAAGUAUUUAAGCAAGAUUUUGAAUCUCAGGUUCAGGAACUGGCUGAAGAUGACAAACCCAAGUUGAUAUUCAUUCAUAAGAAACAUAGAAGUGUUUUAGGGGCUUGGAAUGUUUUCCCUCUCCUCCCAACAUUUGCUAAAGACUAUGCUGAUGCUGCCUGGUUAUUUGUGUGUGAGGAGGAAACAAGAUUUGAUGUACACAGACUGCUCAAGGUCCUUCAGAGGUUUGAUCACUCCAAGGAUCUUUACCUUGGUCACCCUCUCAGGGACCAAUCACCUACCAUCAUACAUCAUUAUGCCUUCCAUGACAACCCUAGCAAAUUUGCAUAUGCAGAUUGGGGAGCUGGAUUUGUGCUUAGCCAACCACUUCUAGCCAAGAUGGGUAAACGGUGGCCUGAUAAAGACUUCAAGGCAGAUUUCACAAUUGAUCCCAAACACGAGCUGGCCAGGUAUAUCUACAGUGAUGCCUUCAAUGUGACCUUGACCCCUGUCACAGAAAUCUGUCUGGUGAAGAAGUCACAGAAAUGUGCUUCCUGGUAUCCAAUGAAGUUCCCAGACUGUGGUCCUGAAAUACCUGAGGAGGACCUUUUUGUAGCAGUGAAAACAUGCGCCAAAUAUCACAAGGAACGAAUUCCUGUUGUAAGAAAGACCUGGGGAAAUACGGCUAAAAAUGUGGAGUACUACAGUGAUGUGGAGGACAGGACAAUCCCCACCGUCAACCUGGGGGUUCCCAACACAGAAAGGGGACAUUGUGGGAAGACUAUGGCCAUCAUUAAGAGGCUGCAGUCUCACCCAAAGAUAUCACAGAUUCCCUGGUUCAUCAUCGUGGAUGAUGACACAAUUAUAAACCUGAAAAGACUGAGGAAGCUAUUGGCCUGUUAUGACUCCAACUUCCCUAUUCACAUGGGGGAGAAAUAUGGCUACAUGGUGACCAAGAAUGACCAUGGUUACACUUACAUCACAGGGGGAGGAGGGAUGGUGUUCAGUAAAGAAGCUAUAGAUGUCAUAGUGCUGACUCACCGUGCAGAUUGUCCUUCCAAUGACGCACCUGACGACAUGAUCCUUGGCCGCACCUUCAAGGCGAUUGGUCUACCCCUGGUACACAGCCCAUACUUCCAUCAGGCACGACCAGUUGACUACAGUCCAGAAUUCCUGUCUGCCAGAACAGCUAUAUCAUUUCACAAACACUGGAUGAAUGACCCGAUCCAGACCUAUCAAGAUCUUAUUGCUGCUGACGAGUCUAUUGACCAACCUGAGACUGAGGAGGAAGAAAUGGCCGACACUAAAAACUCAGAAAACAUGGGAGAUAAAAAUGUAGAUCUGUCUCUAUCCAAUAUAAAGGAUGAUACAAGCAGUCCGAAGGAGGAGUUAUGAUAACAUUUCUCUUUAGCCAUAUGUUAACUACUAUUUAAAUUUUAAGGACGUCCCAAUGUACUUAACAUGUGAUCUUGGAUCUGGUUAAGGUACUUUUUCAGUUUACGAGUCUUACUGGAAAUGUUUUUUCUAUUUCAUGAUUUGUAAGAAAUGUUUUGUGAGUGACUUUUUUGAGAACUAUUUAUUUAUGCAGCAAUCAAGUUAGUGUUUAAAGAACAAUUAUCUAGCAUAUAUCAUUGUAGUGGGUAGUGAGAUCUGAUAUUGGAUAUAUCCGGUCAUUGUUGUAGUUGGUAGUGAGAUCUUAUAUUGGAUAUAUCCGGUCAUCGUUGUAGUUGGUAGUGAGAUCUUAUAUUGGAUAUAUCCGGACAUCAUUGUAGUGUGGGUAGUGAGCUAUGAUAUUGGAUUAUCUAGUCAUCAUUGUAGUGUUAAGUGAGCUCUGAUAUUGGAUAUAUCCGGUGAUCAUUGCAGUGGGUAGUCAGCUCAAUAUGAGAUAUAUCCGGACAUCAUUGCAGUGUUUAGUGAGAUCCGAUAUUAGAUUAUCUAGUCAUCGUUGUAGUUGGUAGUGAGCUCUGAUAUUGGAUAUAUCCGGUCAUCGUUGUAGUGGGUAGUGAGCUAUGAUAUUGGAUAUUUCCGGUCAUCGUUGUAGUGGGUAGUGAGCUAUGAUAUUGGAUAUAUCCGGUGAUCAUUGGUGUGGGUAGUGAGAUCUGAUAUUGGAUAUAUCCGGUCAUCAUUGUAGUGUGUAGUGAGCUCUGAUAUUGGAUAUAUCCAGUCAUCAUUGUAGUGGGUAGUGAGAUCUGAUAUUGGAUAUAUCCGGUCAUCAUUGUAGUGGGUAGUGAGCUCUUAUAUUGGAUAUAUCCAGUCAUCAUUGUAGUGUGGGUAGUGAGCUAUGAUAUUGGAUAUAUCCGGUCAUCAUUGUAGUGUUAAGUGAGCUCUGAUAUUGGAUAUAUCCAGUCAUCAUUGUAGUGGGUAGUGAGAUAUGAUAUUGGAUAUAUCCGGUCAUCAUUGUAGUGUUAAGUGAGCUCUGAUAUUGGAUAUAUCCAGUCAUCAUUGUAGUGUUAAGUGAGCUCUGAUAUUGGAUAUAUCCGGUGAUCAUUGUAGUGUUAAGUGAGCUCUGAUAUUGGAUAUAUCCGGUGAUCAUUGGUGUGGGUAGUGAAAUCUGAUAUUGGAUAUAUCUGGUCAUCAUUGUAGUGUUAAGUGAGCUCUGAUAUUGGAUAUAUCCAGUCAUCAUUGUAGUGUUAAGUGAGCU